UUUCUAUCUGUGCUAAAUUUGAAUGCUUUCCUUUUGUUCUCUGUUCUUCUCCCCUGUUUCUUCUCUGUUCUUCAACUCCUCUUUCCUCAGUACUCCCUUUCUGUCUCUAUAUUUCCUUCAAAACCCAUCCUUUAUUUUGAAUAAACUUUCAAUGUUCUCCCUUUGAUUGCCCUCCUAAAAACCAUUUGUGUUUCUGCCUUUCUGGGUCUUUCUUUGGCUCUGCUUUUUUCUCUGCUUCAACACUUUUGUUCUUCAACAGCAAAAGGAAAAGAACUUUUUUUUUUUGGUGUGGCGGUUUCUUGUAGUGAAAUAUACAAAAAGGGAUAUAAAUUUUCUCUUUUCUUUUUGAAGGAUAUUUAUAUUCCUUUUUUUCCCUCUUGCCUUUCAGUUUCAGUUAUUGGAUUCUUUUUGUUUUUCUCUCUCUCCCAUGAUCACAAAAAUUGCUUGAUUUUCGCCUGAUCCUGCAAAAACCACCUUUCCUUUUAUUCUUAACAAAGUUACAUUAAUAAAUAACGGUUAAAACCCCAUAAGAAAAACCCUGGCUUUCAUUUAUUUUGCUAACUCCCUCUCCUUUCCAGCAACCUCCUUUAGCCUUAAGGUUCAUCCCCCUUCUUUUUUUUUUUUUUCCUUCAAAAGCUUUCAUAUUUUUUGUAACAAAAACAUGGGUAAUUCUUGGUUUCUAGGAAUAUUAUUACCAAUAUUCCUUUGUCUUUAUCUCUUUGGUGGUUUUGUCAAUGGUCUUGGUGUGAAUUGGGGUACUAUGGCAACACAUAAACUGCCUCCCAAAACGGUGGUUCAGAUGAUUAAAGACAAUGGGAUAAAAAAAGUGAAGCUUUUUGAUGCAGAUUCAAAUACUAUGAGUGCUCUUGCAGGAAGUGACCUUGAAGUCAUGGUUGCUAUUCCUAAUGAUCAGCUUCUUGCUAUGAAUAGCUAUGAUCGUGCUAAAGAAUGGGUUAGGAGGAACGUCACAAGAUAUAACUUCAACGGAGGUGUUAACAUUAAGUAUGUAGCUGUUGGCAAUGAGCCGUUUCUCACAACCUAUAAUGGCUCCUUUGUAAACAUCACAUUCCCUGCACUUCAAAAUAUUCAAAAUGCACUUAAUGAUGCUGGGGUUGGAGACUCCAUUAAGGCUACUGUGCCCUUAAAUGCUGAUGUCUACAAUUCACCAGAGAGCAACCCUGUUCCAUCUGCUGGCCGGUUCCGGUCUGAUAUCAGUGGAAUUAUGACGCAAAUUGUUGAUUUUUUAAGCAAGAACAGUGCACCUUUCACCGUAAACAUCUACCCUUUCCUCAGUCUCUAUGGAAACGACGACUUCCCCUUUAAUUAUGCUUUCUUUGAUGGAGGAACCCCUAUUACCGAUAAUGGGAUUCAGUAUACUAAUGUUUUCGAUGCCAACUUUGACACAUUGGUUUCAGCUCUGAAAGCAGUAGGGCAUGGUGACAUGACCAUUAUUGUCGGGGAAGUGGGUUGGCCUACAGAUGGGGACAAGAAUGCCAACGUGGCUAAUGCUCAGAGAUUUUAUAACGGGCUUAUGCCUAGACUUGCAGCCAACACAGGCACACCCCUGAGGCCUGGCUAUAUAGAAGUUUACCUGUUUGGCCUUAUAGAUGAGGAUGCCAAGAGCAUUGCUCCAGGAAAUUUUGAGCGUCAUUGGGGAAUCUAUAGGUAUGAUGGGCAGCCUAAAUUUCCACUAGAUCUUUCUGGCCAGAAUCAAAACAGGUUUCUUAUCGGUGCUCAAAAUGUUGAAUAUCUUCCUCAAAAAUGGUGUACGUUCAAUCCAAAUGCAAAGGACCUUAGCAAACUUGCGGACAACAUAAACUAUGCUUGCACCUUCUCAGAUUGCACAGCACUCGGGUAUGGAUCUUCUUGUAACAACCUUGAUGCCAAUGGAAAUGCUUCCUUUGCAUUUAAUAUGUACUACCAGGUGCAAAAUCAGAAUGACAUGGCCUGUAAUUUUCAAGGUCUGGGCACGGUUACUACACAGAACCUUUCACAAGGGACUUGCAAUUUUAUCAUUCAGAUUGCUUCUUCUUCUUCUUCUGUAGGUCCCUCACUGGUGGGAAUAGCAUUUUUAACAGUGUUAACAUCUCUAUUACUAUAAAUUUGAUUCUGUAGAUAACUGGGCUGUACUACUUUUAGCAGUUUCUUUUUCCUAGCUUCUUUUUGUAUGUUACAGACUCUUGGGUUAUUUUUUUUUUAUCAAUUGAUUUAAUAAAAAUUUCUGAUUUUACUGCUCCCUAA